AUGGCUGAGGUCGACGAAACUCUUAAAAAGAAGCGUACCUUCAGGAAGUUUACCUUCCGAGGUGUCGACUUGGACCAGCUUCUUGAUAUGCCAAAUGAGCAGCUCAUGGAAUUGAUGCACGCUCGCGCCCGCAGGCGUUUCGCCCGCGGUCUCAAACGCAAGCCGAUGGCGCUGGUGAAGAAACUGAGACGCGCUAAGAAGGAAGCUCCACCAAAUGAGAAGCCCGAGAUUGUUAAGACACACUUGAGAAAUAUGAUCAUUGUGCCAGAAAUGGUCGGCUCCAUUGUCGGUAUUUACAACGGCAAGACUUUCAAUCAGGUUGAAAUCAAGCCUGAGAUGAUUGGUCACUACUUGGGUGAAUUCUCGGUGACAUACAAACCGGUAAAGCACGGUCGGCCGGGUAUUGGUGCCACUCACAGUUCCAGGUUCAUCCCUCUGAAAAUAAUAAGGAAUUUUCUGCCUAUGAUUAUAGAACUAAGUGCCUCACGAGUAUCUGUGUAA